CAUCUGAGCAGACUUUGCCACACGACCUGGACAGACUUUUGCAUCAGGUUAAAAUAUUACUCUAAAUCAUUUUUUUGUAGGACAUUUUGUUUUGGCAAUAUCAGGAAAGAUGUGCAGCAGCAGCAACAGCAUCAUCCAGGCCCAAAAACUGGUGGAUCAACUCCAAAUUGAAGCAGGCAUGGAAAGAUUCAAGAUCUCCCUCACAGCAGCAGAUUUAGUCCAAUACUGUCAGGAACACAGACGCAGCGAUCCUCUGCUAACCGGCAUAUCGGCUUCGUCCAACCCUUUCAAAGAUAAGAAGACCUGUGUACUACUCUGACACCAGAAGAUCCAUGCCACAAUACCGAAAACGUAGACUGGGAGCUCCAAAGGAUUAGUUUAGACAUUUAUAUUUUGCCUGUCAUGUGUUUAUGCCUCGUCUGCAAACAUACAUAUAAUUUCUGACACAGAAUUUUCAGGACUUUCGAUGGAAACGUUAGUUUCACAGACUUAUAAACAAAAGAACAGAAGUACUUUUAUUGUGCAUUGUAGUUUAAUUUCUUAGUGCAUAAAUACAAUAAACAAUUAAAUAUU